AUGCUCUCCCGCGCCGCAAAGGCCGCAUGCCGCAAGACGGUCUAUGCCACUUCCGUUAGCAGCGCUGCGAGGCGCUCGGCAGCGGCCAUCGCUGUCCGCAACACACACUCGUCGGCGCCUCACUCGUCGGCUGCGGCGGCCGCCGUGGCCAGCAGCAGCACGUGGGCUGCGGCGACCGAGUCUGCGCACUCUGUGCUCGUGCAGCCUGCCGGCCCGUCCAAGCAGCAGCUCAACCUCGAUGACCCACUCGCUGCUAUCACCGCCGAGAUUGGCGAGCUCAAGCACUCGCUCUUCCACAUGCUCGGCAGCAGCUCGCCGGCCCUCGACAGUGUGGCAAAGUACUACUUCAACGCCGAGGGCAAGCACCUGCGGCCACUGCUUGUGCUGCUCAUGUCGCAGGCGACGAACGGCAUUGCUGGACCGGGAUGGGCCGCGGUCGAGGCUCAGGCGCGGGAGCAGCUGCGGUCACGGAGCGGCGGCGUCGACAACGCCUUGACCAGCGACGGCGGCGUGCUCAACGACUGGAACCCCGAGUCGAUGGGUGCCGAAAAGGGCGGUGAAAUGGUCUUUGCCUCGCCGUACAGGAUACCUGCCGAGGGACAGCAGCGGCCCCUCCCUCCUGCCGUCAAGCAGAACCCCUUUGCCGAGCUCCUGCCCACCGGCGGUCCCGGCUCGCCCACCAUUCUCCCGACGCAGCGCCGACUCGCGAGCAUUGUGGAGAUGAUCCACGUCGCGUCGCUGCUGCACGACGACGUCGUCGACGCCUCGGACCUGCGCCGCGGCGAGCCCUCGGCGCCCGCUGCGUUUGGCAACAAGCUCUCCAUCCUCUCGGGCGACUUCCUCCUGGGCCGCGCGUCCGUCGCACUUUCGCGCCUCGGUUCCGGCGAGGUCGUCGAGCUCAUGGCCACCACCAUCGCCAACCUCAUCGAGGGCGAGGUCCUCCAGCUCCGCGCCACAGCCAACCCCGCCACAGAGCCCACUGCCGCCGGCUUUGAAGAGUACAUGCGCAAGACGUACCUCAAGACGGCGUCCCUGAUGGCAAAGUCGGCGCGCUCCGCCGUCCUCCUCGGUGGUUGCACCGCAAACGAGACGGCCUGGGUCAAGGAUGUCGCCUAUGGUUACGGCCGUAACUUGGGUAUCGCGUUCCAGCUUGUCGACGACAUGCUCGACUACCUGCCGGCCUCUGCCGACCUGGGCAAGCCCGGUUCGGGCGCCGACCUGCGUCUGGGUCUGGCCACGGCCCCGGCCUUGUUUGCGUGGGAGGAGUUCCCCGAGCUGGGCCCGCUCAUCAUGCGCAAGUUUGAAGGGCCAGGCGACACCGAGGUGGCUCUGGACCUCGUCGGCCGGUCGCGCGGCAUGCAGCGUACGGCCGACCUGGCGCGCACGUUUGCCAGCGAGGCGCGCGCGCUCGUCGAGCUCCUGCCCCAGAGCGCGGCGCGCGACGCGCUCGUCGGCCUCACCGUCAAGGUCGUCGACCGUGUCAAGUAG